UGACGGUGACGUCAGAAAGGGGCGGGGCGAGUGUGACCGUUGAAUUUGGAUACACCAGCUGGACAUUGCAGACGACUGAGAUUUUUUUGAAACGGACGAAAUUUUGCGACUAUCUUUUCAAAGCAUGAGGAGGCGAAGCAGUAGUAACGCCAGCAGAAGAAGCUCAACGAUUAGAAGACGGAGUGAGAACUUGCGUUUCGAUGAAUUCGGCUUUGCUGUUCUUACUAAACGUAAAGACCAAAAACUUCAUCAACGAUGUCACGAUUACAGCUACCCCAAGCUGAGCUCAGUGAGGGUGAAAGAGCUGUGUGAGCUGCUAAGCUACUGGAAUGGAGCCAGUUUUAUCUGCAAGAGCCAGAUUGAGCGAUUUAUCAGGAUGGGAAUUCCUCCAAACCUACGAGGAAGAGUGUGGAAGUGUCUUCUCACCAUUGAUAGUCUGAGAGAAACCAGUGACUUCAACUACCAGAAGUGCUUGUCAGAGGUACGAGGGCCCCUGGUGGACUUGGGAGUCAGUGAGUAUGGGAUCCUGUCAGCAAUUGCCACACUGAGCGACACUCAGAAUGACCUGGACUUGAACCAACAGCAGCCCUCCAGCUGCCCAGAGCCAAGAUACUCUGUAGAUGACAUCACACUCUUCAGACAGAUCGCCUUGGACCUACAGCGCUCCUUCCCUACACACCGCUCUCUGAUGGGGGAGAGCCCAGAAGCCAUUGAGGGUCAGGCUAAACUCUUCCGGGUCCUCAUAGCCUAUGCCAAAUACAGCCCUCAGGUUGGAUACAGCCAAGGGAUGUCCUACAUAGCUGCGGUGCUGCUGAUGCAGUUGGGUGAAGAAGAGGCGUUUUGGGCUCUGACAGCGUUGCUGGAUAAACCCAAAUAUCUGGCUGAACUGUUUGACCUCAACCUCACCAAGGUCCAGCAUCAGGUGAAAGUGUUUGAAGAAUUCCUGAAACACAGGAAACCAAAGCUCUCUCAGCAUAUGGACUCUGUAGGAGUCUUAUCAGUCCACUUUGUGAUGCCAUGGUUCCUCACACUCUUCUCUUCCCUGCCCUGCUGGGACUCUGUCCUAGCUGUCUGGGAUCUGAUAAUUCUGCAUGGCCUGUCAGCUGUCUUCCGAACUGCUCUGACUAUCAUUGAGCUCCUCGAGCCUCAACUGAUGGAGCUGCAUGAUGAGGGAGCAGUGCUACCCCUGCUGCUGAGAGUACCUUUUGAUGUGGCCCAGUACACGGUGUUGAUCCCUGCCCUUUGGAAUACUGAGGUCCAAGACUGGGAGCUUAAAUGUAUGAACAGUCUGGUGUUGGACGAGAUCCACCAUGGACCCAAAGCAGACCAGCGUGAAAAACAAGCCGCCACGCUGCCAACGGCAAAAGAAAAUGUAUCGACGCCCUCAGACAGAGAAAAGUCUGAGACUGAGAAAGAUUCAGUUACAAGGGCAAAAGGUGUACUGACUCGGGUAAUGCGUCUGGCCCAGCGGUACCUGUUGGACCCAAUUGGUAGACAGAGGGCUGAAGAGAAGGGUUCUCAAGCACAGACAAAGUCCAGACAACGUAGUCCUGCACCUGGACGAGCGUUCAGGAAUCGGACCUCAGCUUCACUAACACAAGCUCAGAUCAGGUCCAGGAGGCGGAGCCAGCAGAGAGGCGGAGUGCAGCGGCUGACAGUGCAGGGCAGUAGUGGUGAUGUCACUGUGGCCCCUGUCUCUGUGACAGAUUCAGCUAGUUACAUGAAAGCUGACAGAUCACAGCAACCCUUAAAGAGGAUAGGUACAGGACCUGUCCACAAGAUGGCCCCUGGUCGUAGCAACCACAGCGUCAUCCACCCUAUAAGAGUGAAGUCCCUCCGUCUUCUACGAAACAAGAACCCACUGAACCAGGCCGCUCCCUCCUCCUCUAUCCUUCCCUCAUCCCUGCGUUCCUGUACCCUUCCUCAGUCAUCCUCCAUCCCAUCUUCAAGUUCUCAAUCAUCCAGUGCUCCUCAAAGUGGGAGUCGGCAAAAGCAGCAAGACACAGCCAGGACAGCCCUCAUCAAGGAGUUGUGCUCCAGACAUCAGACCAGUGUCCCAUUCAGGAACAGCAGAGAGUCCAAGCUGAUCUGACUCUGAACAAGGGAGAGGGACAUGAUGGAACAAGUGAAGUGAUCCAGUGCACUAAAUGUUUACAUUAAAUAUAAAACCACCAUUGUUAGUCAGUAGAUCAGAUGAGAUGAUCUUGUUUGGUCUGGGAGUCAGAUGAGUAACUAGCCCACACAAAGACACUAAUUAAAUUGCUCCAAAUGUCAUGUGAAGACUCCUGUGCAGGGUCCACAGCAGCAUGAAUCCAAACAGCAGAUGAUCUGAGGCUGCUGCUUAUGUGACUUAGAGCUGUAAAACCAGCUUUCUACCCAAGUAUUAAGUUUAGUGAACAGAGAUACUGCUUAUGUUUUCUAUUGGCAUGCAUGCACACAUGCAGGUGUAUGUAGCCCCGGCCUUUUUUUGAUACUUCUUUGCACUGCAAGGAUUAUUUUUCUUGCUGUUUGUUUUUCUAUUUGUGCCAUGAAUGCUUAAUUAUGAUUGUGUUUUUAUUGCCUUACAUAGUUGGCACUAAUAAAAUAUUGAUAUU